UAAAAAUAUUAGAAUAGAAAAAAGAGACAAAGCUUAUUAAGAGAAAAAGAAGUGGCAGAUUUCUACUUGGGAUUUGUUAGAGCAAUCUGGUUUCAGAGCAAAGGACUGGAGAACUGCUAUUUGUAGAAAUGGAACUUUCUUGGUGUUUUCCCUACUGGUGGGUGUCUAGGGGCACAGACCCUGGCCCAGCCCUUGAGAACACCAAGGCAGCCCCUGAGGCCAAGGCAGACACAGCAUCUGCCCCUCCAGCCCCAUGGCUGCCGUGUCUGCAAUCUUGGCCCAUCUCUGUGUCAUCAGGAAAAGGAACACAGAUCUGGAAGAAAAAAGGAGCCAUCUAUGAGGGAGACUGGAAGUUUGGGAAGCGAGAUGGCUAUGGCACCCUCAGCAAUCCUGACCAAGAGAAGGGAAAGUAUAGGAAAGUAUACUCUGGCUGGUGGAAAGAUGAUAAAAAAUCGGGCUAUGGGAUUCAGUUUUUCGGACCCAAGGAGUAUUACGAGGGUGAGUGGUGUGGCGACCAGCGCAGCGGGUGGGGCCGCAUGUACUACAGUAACGGCGACAUCUACGAGGGCCAGUGGUUGAAGGACAAGCCGAAUGGGGAGGGCAUGUUGCGCCUGAAGAACGGGAACCGCUACGAGGGCUACUGGCAGAGAGGCAUGAAGAAUGGGUCGGGCCGUUUCUUCCACCUGGACCACGGUCAGCUGUUUGAAGGCUUCUGGGUGGACGACGUGGCCAAGUGUGGCACAAUGAUUGACUUUGGCCGCGAUGAGGCCCCUGAGCCCACCCAGUUCCCCAUUCCUAAGGUGGGCAGCACCCACCAGGGCCCUGUGGCCACACCCAGAGAGACAGAAAACAGUACCUCCCCCCAACCGCCCACACACACCCAGGCACAUCCAGCCUGGCCAGGCCUAGCCCAGCCCAGCCCAGCCAGGGAACAGACCAGAUUUUGUUUUCAGUCGGGGCAUCCCCACGGAGACUGGCAGCGCCCAAGGCAGAUAGCACUUCCAGAGUCGGCAGCACCCCACAAGGUGGGCAGCACCCCACAGGAUGGCGGCCUGGGCCUUCCAUGCUCCCCAAUCCAACCCCUUACUGCUUCCCUCCAGAUCGAAAUUCUAGACCCUAAUGGUGUGCUGGAGGAAGCCUUGGCCAUGUUCAAGAAGACAGAGGAAGAUGAAGAUUGAUGCCAGGUGAGGGAUGGGUAUACUUUCCCCCCUCGGAUGUGGCUGAGAAAGCUCCUGGGGUCUCCUUUGGCCAAGGGGCUCAGGGGCAGGACCAGAGGGUGGGUUUCUUUCCUCCUGCAAUCCAGCUGGUUCUUUUUGGUUCCUCCCCUUCAGAACUCAUUUCCUCAAAGACCAGGUCCCUCCUGAAAGCCCUUGAGUAAGGUAGUUUGCCCCAGGCCUGCACUUGCGCAUCUGUCCUAGCCCCUCCUCGUGUGGGUGUUAAGUGGGGUUCCAGGAGAGGGUGAUGAUACAGCAUCUUAGGGUCACCAGCUGCCACCAGCCCCUUGCCCCUGCAGAGAACACACCAGAGCUUCUGGAGAAAUUCAAGCCCGUCGCCCAACUGCUCAAACCGGUGCGGCUUCUGCAGAAGUGAGUGGUGACUCGGGCACACCCUUGGCACCCUCAGAGGGCACCUCACUCCUCCCAGCACUGGAUCAUCCUCUCCCCAGCUGGCUUUGGGGAUCCUCUUGUUACAGCUUUCAUUCUGGGCCCCCAUUCCUGAGCACGGGAGUAUAAAGAACCUGGUGGCUUCA